AUUCCUGAUCAUCCACCCACUCAAAAGUUUGGAUGCCCCAUAAAACUAAAUGCAAAUGUCUGAGGCAAUGCUUAUGCUUUCAGGGCAUGCCUUUCAAUAAGGAGGUGUCAUAAUACUCAGAGUGUGGUUCACCAGCCUCUGCAAACAAAUGCAAAACUGUACUGGUCCAAGAGGUUCCCUCUUGGUGGCCUGACCACAUGGUGAGCAGCAUCUAGAUCCUGAGGAAUGUCAAACAGGAAACUGUUCAAUUCUCUUUCUCGGGAGGGGAAACGGAAACGGCUGUUGAAGCUUUAUGAGAAAAGUGUAGGGCACUCUGCUGUAGCUGGUGAGAGAGAUGUUUCCAACGAUCCAAAUCCUGGGAGUCAACUUCAACCAUUAUCGUGUAAUAGUGCCACUGGAUCAUCAUUUAAUAGUGAACCUUCUGAAAGUAAUGAUAGGGCCUCAACAUCGAACCAGGUUUUUGAGUUGUUGGAUCAGUAUCCUUUAUCAUACGGUUCAGACAGUGAUGACUGCUUUGAUUCCAAGUUUCAAAUGGAAGAGCUCAAAUCUGAAUUAGCUAACUGGUCUGUUCAGUUUAGCAUUACAAAUGUGGCAUUGACAGCUUUGUUGUGUAUUCUUCGAUCACAUGACUGCUUUAAAUCUCUUCCAUCAGAUGCAAGAACUAUUCUAAAGACUCCAAGAUGCAUUCAAGUAAAAAAUGUAAGCCCUGGCCAGUACUGCCACAUUGGUAUUUCAAACCAGUUAAAGAAAAUGUUUGCUAGUGCACAACAUAUUUUCAGUUCUUUACAGCAUAUUGAUUUAAUGAUUGGAAUUGACGGAUUAUCUUUAUUUCACAGUGGCCAAUUUUAGGCUCUGUAUUAAAUAUUCCAUCCUUGUCAUCAACUGUUUUUCCUAUUGGCAUUUAUUUUGGAUUAAAGAAACCCAGUAGUUGUUUUGAAUUUCUAAAUGAUUUUGUAGAAGAAAUUGGUGGCCUAAUCAGGAAUGGUUUAAUUUGUAAUGGCAAAAAUAUAGCUGUCAGGAUCAAGGGAAUUUGUUGUGAUGCCCCUGCCAAAGCUUUUAUUUUAGGCAUUAAAGGUCACAACGGAUAUUUCUCGUGCACCAGAUGUAAACAGGAAGGGUCUUUCUUUGAUAAUAGGAUGACUUUUCCUAUAUUUGACAGUCUGCCUCGUACCCAUGAGGGAUUUAUAAACAAAGAAGGCACAGAAUUCAAUACUGGUGACACCCCAUUGACCACCAUCCCUAGUCUGCAUAUGGUAUCAUCUUUCCCACUUGACUAUAUGCACUUAGUGUGUUUAGGGGUAAUGAGAACAAUGAUUUAUGUUUGGAUGUUUGGACCUGCCCCUUUAAAACUACCUAGUAGGAUUAUUGAUAGUAUAAGUUCUAAUUUAUUAUCUCUAAAAGCAAGCAUUCCAGUAGAAUUUUGUAGAAAACCCCGAGGUCUUGAUGAAGUGAAAAGAUGGAAAGCUACAGAAUUUAGGCAGUUUUUGCUUUAUAUUGGACCACUUGUAUUGUACGAUAUUUUGUUGCCUGAACAGAAAGAAAUUUAUAACAACUUUUUAUCUCUCCAUAUUGCCAUGACCCUACUCCUCAGCAAAAAAUUUUGUUAUCAACACCAGGAAUAUGCCAAAGGUCUUCUUCUUCAUUUUGUACAAACUUUUCAAUCAUUAUAUGGGCAGAAGUAUAUAACACACAAUUUUCAUGGACUGAUUCAUAUUGCUGAUGAUAUAUCAGUAUUUGGCCCUUUAGAUGGAUGCAGUGCCUUUAAAUUUGAAAAUUUUUUAUUUUCUCUGAAGAAAUGUGUUAGAAAAGGAAAUAAACCUUUGCAGCAAGUUGUGAAACGUUUAGCUGAAAUUUCUAACUCCACCAUUAGUCCAGUCAGUGACAAUGAAGUUAAUAAACUUUAUCCAAUUUUCGAAUGUCAACAUUAUUCUGGACCUGUUUUUGAUGGUUGUAAUCCUGAUCAGCAGUACAACACAGCAAAUUUUCAAAAUUUUAAAAUAACUACAUCAACUCCAAACUCAUGCUGUAUGACGAAUGAUGGAAGUAUUGUUAUUGUUGAAAACUUCAUCUAUUCCAGUUCCUUGUGUACAAUGGUCAUUCUUUGUAAACAGUUUAUGACUGUUUGUGAUUGUUUUGGACUCCCUUUUUGUAAAAGUUCAGAUGUUAAUAUUACUGUUGUACGAAAUAUGUCUGAUGUACACAUAAGGUCAGUCUCUGACAUUAAGGAGAAACUGGUGCUUUUAACACUAGGCAGUAAAAAUGUAACACUACCUCUGCUGCAUACAUAAGAGUGGACUAAUGCAAGUGAUAAACAACUCAGUUCUACAGGAUUUUCUGAAAAAUUAUCUGGAAACAAACUAAAAACUAUGGGAGACAUCCAGAGUUUUAUUCAUCCAACUAUGCUCGUUCAUCACUCUCACUAGUCAUGCUCAUUCAGUGAACAUAUUAACCAUGUGCUUAUACUUUACCAGCUGAUUAUAUUUUUAAAAGUUCUGUUGUUGGAGUUUAAUUUUGAAAUUUAUCUCCAUACAUCCAGUAUUAAAAUUCUGAAAUUUUAAACCCAAAAUAAAAAAUAAAAUACUUAAAAAUAUAACCAGUUACAGUAUAUAACCUCCCUCGUGUCUUAAAAUACUAUCCUAUAAAUUUAAUUAUUUACUAUAGGUAUGUUUAGGUAUAAUGAAGUACUUAAGGUGUGUGCAUGAGUACACACAGACAAAGUCUGAAAUCAAAGUCAAUCAUUCAGAUAUUUUGUUCAUUUUAAUUACUGAUGUUUUGUUUUUAUAUGGGUUAGGAAAUGGAGCUGACAAAUGAAAAAUACAAAUUUGCCAUAAUAAAAUUUCCUGCAGAAGAUGAUGCUCUAGGAAUAAUAGCCUUAUGCUGGAUUCAAAAUGAUGGGACCACAUGUUUAUACCCACCUGUGACCACUGAUAGCAAAAGAAAUAAAUUAUUGAGGGAAGAAGCCUUACCAUUACAAUCCUGGAGUUCUCAUAAGAUAUCUUUAAUGAAAAAAUAUGCAACAUACAACGAUGCAAGAGAGCAUUUUCGAAAAGCUGAAGAAACAUCAAACCUCGAAAGUGAAGAAGAAAUUGGAGUGAAGAGAAAAAGGAAGGCAAAAGACAUAAUGUUGCCAGGAGAAGAAUCGAGCGAUGAAGAUUACAUGCCGAAGAAAAAAUGUAAGACCAACCGUGUCACAGUUCAUCCGUAUCCAUCUCUUGAUUCUUUUUCAGCUUCAUUCUCAUCCUCACCAUCUACUGGUAUGGAAGUUCGUGAAAUGUGGUCUUCCAUCCCUCCAAAUUCAUUAUCUCCUAGGCCUAGUUCAUUCUCCAAUGCCAAAAUUCCUCCAGCACUACUUGCUUCAGCACCACUUCCUUCAGCACCACUUCCUUCAGCACCACUUGCUUCAGCACCACUUGCUUCAGCACACUGUCCGAGAAAAGAAAAAUCUGCACCACUGGGUAAGUUUUUGUGUUAUUUCUCUGCUAAAUAAUAUUAGGCCUAGCAGUGAAACCCAUUUUGUGUACAGUGUUUUCUUUUAUAUAACUAGCCUCAGUGACCAGCUUUACCCGCCUGCUUCUAGUAGUAAUAGUGUGAAGUGGGUCAGCACAGAUACUUAUGCCAGAAUGUGUGUAAUACAAAAACUACUACCUUUUUAAGGCAUGUUCUAGGGAAUACACAUUAUGUGUGUUAUAUAUUUCAAUUUAAGCAUAGAAAUUUAAAUACUAACAAUUUUUCAAUUAAUAUUAAUUUUCUGAAACAUUUUUUGGGUUUAGUGGCUGCAAAGAAAUUUAAAUCAAAAGUAGAUGCUAUUACGCUUGCUAAAUGCUAAGUAAACUUGAGCAAUCAUCCACCUAUGUUGUAGAUGUUGAGCGGAUCUGGCUCAUUCUUGGCCAGUUACAAGCUGCAGCACGUAGCCAGUCUGAGGAAAUCUCUCAGCUGAACAGAAAAAUUGACCUGUUAUUGGCUCGAGGAUGUGUCAACAGUACUUAUCAGGAGGCGGAUGAAAGUAAUGAGCAGGCACUAAACAGUCUCCCUUUAUCAUCAAUGGAAGAAUUUGAUGAAUUUGAGGAAAAAUUGAAACAACAGGAAUUCAAAAGUCUUGUGGUGAAGUUACUUGCACCCUUGGUGGUAAAGAUGCAAAAUUGUUAAUGUUCAAUUGUAUGAAACAAUGCCUGAUGUCAGAGAUAGGAAUGAAGUUUUCAUAUACAGGAAGGCCUCCAAAAGACAAGACGAAAGAAAGGAAAAGAGCUUUCUGUUCAACCUUGCUUUGUGCAGCAAUUCAAAGUUCAGUCAGAAAAAUAUUUCCUUUGACAACCGAAGACCAGUUUAAAACUAACAUAGGACACUGGCUUCAACAGUCAAAAAACAGAAGUCAAACCCCACGGACCAUUAUACCGGCAGAAGCCAGUGAUUUUUGAUCCUGCUCUGGUCUGUGUGCUGGGGCCGGAGGGGCUUCCGAAUAAUUAAAUUUUAAAAUAAAACAAUUUUAAACAGUUUGAAAAUAAAAAUUUUUAAAGAUA